GCCUUGCCACUAACAGGCUACGAGAGGUUAAGAGACUACAGCUCCCAGGAUGUACGGUGAUGGCACUCGUUUGGACUCCUCCCCUCUGCGCGUCUAGAGCGGUUCCCGAUACGGAGGGGAUCCUGGCUGUUCCCAAGUCUUGCCUUCCUGCGGGGAGCCAGCGUGGCCCGGGCAGCUGAUCUCAACCUGUGAUUGUGACAUCACCCCUACCUGAGGAAGCCUUUCCCAGCCUGCUCAAGGUUGCCGUAGUUAGGUUUACCCUCCCUUCCUUCCCUCACCCCGUCCUUUCCCUCAUCCCUGCCCCUUCCUCUGUCCCACGCGGCUUUCAGACAUGCAUAGUGCAGCACCUCCAUAGUGCAGCCCCUCUGUAAAGGUGGAGCUAGUGGCCCGCGGGCCUACCAGUUGUCAGGCCUUUUGGGAGCCCAUGAUGGGAGCUCUCUGAUUAAUUCAUACUGUACAUUUCUGAAAUUGAAGUAUGCACAGCUUCAAUUCCAUGCAGGGAGGAUGCAAUAGGAGAGAAUAUCCUGGGCACAUCUUUUUGGAGAAUCAGUUUUACUACAAGAUUUGUAAGAAACAAAUUUAUUUCCAAGAGUGGCCAACUUGGGUGUCUUCACAUGCCAGGGUCAAGGACAAGGUGCGCAGCUACAGACGAAGAGGCGGCCUCUUCAAUAUGGCGGGGCCUUUGUCUCCUACCUCCCGGGCUCUGAGCCCAGUUCCCGUCUCCACUGUUCCAUCGCCUCCGCUCCUGGAGCUCCUCGGUGACUCUACCGUAGCUUCUGUUAUCCCGUGAUCUGCAGGUACUGGGAGAUCCAUAGGGAGGACGGCGGAACAUCCGGAGGCUGGGAAAUGGGAGUGUUGACAUUCAGGGAUGUGGCCAUAGAAUUCUCCCCAGAAGAGUGGGAAUGCCUGGACUCUGCUCAGCAGUGUUUGUAUAGGGAUGUGAUGUUAGAGAACUACAGAAACCUGGUCUCCUUGGGUCUUGCUAUCUUUAAGCCAGACUUGAUGACCUGUCUGGAGCAAAGAAAAGAGCCCUGGAAAGUGAAGAGACAGAAGGCAGUAGUCAAACACCCAGCUGGCUCUUUUCAUUUUACUGCAGAGAUAUUGCCGGAGCAUGACAUAAAAGAUUCAUUUCAAAAAGUGAUUCUGAGAAAAUAUGGAAGCUGUGACCUUAAUAAUUUACAUUUAAAGAAAGACAACCAAAGUGUGGGUAAUUGCAAAGGGCAGAAAAGCAGUUAUAAUGGCCUUCAUCAAUGUUUUUCAAUUACCCAUAGCAAAACCUGUCAAUGUAAUAAAUUUGGCAGAGAUUGUCAGUUGUGCUCAAUCUUAAUGGAAAAUCAGGAAAUUUUUAGCACAGAGAAAUGCUACAAAUGUGAAGAAUGUGGCAAAGACUGUAGGUUCUCAGAUUUUACUAGACAUAAGAAAGUUCAUACUGCAGAGAGAUGCUACAAAUGUGAAGAAUGUGGCAAAGCCUUUAAAAAGUUUUCAAACCUUACUGAACAUAAGAGAGUUCAUACUGGAGAGAAACCUUACAAAUGUGAAGGAUGUGGCAAAACCUUUACCUGCUCCUCAACCCUUGUUAAACACAAGAGAAAUCAUACUGGAGACAGACCCUACAAAUGUGAAGAAUGUGGCAAAGCCUUUAAGUGCUUCUCAGACCUUACUAAUCAUAAGAGAAUUCAUACUGGAGAGAAACCCUACAAAUGUGAAGAAUGUAACAAAGCCUAUAGGUGGUUCUCAGACCUUGCUAAACAUAAGAUAAUUCAUACUGGAGAGAAACCCUACAAAUGUAAUGAAUGUGGAAAAGCUUUUAAGUGGUUCUCGGCCCUUAGUAAACAUAAGAGAAUUCAUACUGGAGAGAAGCCCUACAUCUGUGAAGAAUGUGGCAAAGCCUUUACCCGCUCCUCAACCCUUUUUAACCACAAGAGAAUUCAUAUGGAAGAGAGACCUUACAAAUGUGAAGAAUGCGGCAAGACCUUCAAGUGCUUCUCAGACCUGACUAAUCAUAAGAGAAUUCACACUGGAGAGAAACCCUACAAAUGUGAAGAAUGUGGCAAAGCAUCGAGCUGGUUCUCACACCUCAUCAGACAUAAGAGAAUUCAUACUAGAGAGAAGCUCCACAAGUGUUAAAAAUGUGGAAAAGCCUUUAACAAGUCCUCAUACCGUUUUCAACAUCUGAAAUUUAAUACUGAACAAAUGCAGUAUAAAUGUAAUAACGAUGGAAGAACAUUUAUCAUCUUAGAGGGUCUCUAAGAACUUUAUGUGUUGCUUAUUAUGUAAUGCCCUUCUUUUUUUUUUAAUCUAUGUUAAUUUCAAGUCUGUUUUGUCAGAAACUAGGAUUGCAACCCUUGCUUUUCCUGUUUUCUAUUUGCUUGGUAGACUUUUCUUUUUCCCCUUAUUUUGAGCUUAUUUGAGAUGGUGUCUCGAUUAAAGCAUACCGUUAGAUCUUGAUUCUUUAUUCAGCUUGCCAUCUGUGUUUUAAUUUGGUUAUUUAGCCCAUUUAUGUUUAAGGUUAGUAUUCAUAUGUGUGGAUUUGAUUCUGUUAUUAGGAUCUUAGCUGGCUAUUUUGCACAUUUGUUUAUGUGGUUGCCUUAUAGUGUCUGCAGUUUGUAUACUUUAGUGUGCUUUUGUAGUGACUGGUAAUAGUCUUUCUUAUUUAAUGCUUUCUUCAGAAGCUCUUACAAGACAGAUCUUAUGGUAACAGAUUUUCUCAGCGUUUGCUUAUCUGAAUAGGAUCAUAUAUAUUUUUUAAUUCUGAAGCUUACCUUGGUCAGAUGUGAAAUUCUGUGUUGGAAUUCUUUUUUUAAGAAUGUUGAAUAUUGGCCUCUAAUCUCUUUUGACUUGUAGGAUUUCAGCUGAAAGGUUCGUUGUUUUUCUCAUGGGCUUCUUUUAGAGGUGACCUGUCCUUUUUUUCUGUAGCUGCCUUUUAACAUAUUUUUUCUUUCAUUUUGACCUUGGAGAAUCUCAUGAUUAUGUGUCUUGAGGAUGACCUUCUCAUGGGGUAUCUUACUGGGGUUCUCCACAUUUCCUGCAUUUGAAUGUUGGCCUCUCUAGGUUAGGGAAGUUCUCAUGGAUGUUAUCCUGAAAUAUGUAUUUCAGGUUGUUUUCAUUCUCCCCAUCACUUUCAGGCAAUCUCUUGCAUCAUAGAUUUGGUUUCUUUACAUAAUCCCAUAUUUCUUAGAGGUUUUGUUCAUUCCUCUUUUUUGUUUUUUCACUAUUCUUGUCUGUCUUAUUUCAGAAAGCCAGUCUUGAAGCUCUUGAGAUUCUUUCCUCUGCUUGGCCUAUUCUGCUGUUAAUAUUUGUGAUUACAUGAUAAAGGUUUUGUAUUGUGUUUUUCAGUUCUAUCAGGUUGGCCACAUUUUUCUCUAGACUGGCUGUUUUUUCUAUCAGUUCCUGCAGUGUUUUCCCUUCCUUGCAUUGGGUUGCAACUUACUUUUGUAACUCAGUGAAGUUUGUUUCUAUCCAUAUUCUGAAUUCUACUUCUGUCAUCUUAAGCCUUGCUGGAAACGUAAUUUGGUCAUUUGGAUGAAAAAAGUCACUCUGGCUUUUUGUGUUUUUAUCUUUGCACUGAUUUUGUCUUGUCUUUGUGGGCAUAUCUUUAAGGUUGCUGACCUUUGAAUGGGUUUUUUUUUUUUUUUUUUUUGUAAUCCUAUUUGAUGGUCUUGAGUAUUUGAUUGUGGUAUAAGAUGGAUGCAGCCAACAGGCUUUGUUCCUGGGAGUUUUGUUUUGUUUUGGUGGUGGUGGGGGGCAGGCAGUGCUCAGCUCACAACUCAGAGGCUGCAUACUCUAACUCCGGGGGACUUGUAUUGAGCCCCAACUGUGUUCUCUGGCUCCUUGAGAUUUGGAGUUUGCGAUUCUGUGGAACCAAGGUGCCACAGCUGGAGCAGAGUGCUGGUGGAUAUGGGGUUUCUGCCUGUCUUUGGCAUUCACCUCACUGGCAGUAGCAAAGCAGCUGGGAGGGGAGUGGGGGAUACCUGCUGGAGACUGUGUACUGUUGCACUUAAAGGUGGUGUUGGUAUAGGGGAGGAUGCUGGCCAGUGAAAGUUUUGAUGCCUUCUCUGUGUCCCCCAAGAAGGAGUGAUUGUUCAGAGUGUGGGAAGAUACCCUAUUCUCCACACAGUGUUAGCACAAAGACAGGAGUGGAGUUUUCUGGCUCUCUGCCCACCAAAACUUCAUCUACAGUGGCAGUUGCUGGGAGUGGCAGGGGCAUAUUGCAUUUCCAUUUGCUGGUGGGGCAAGCAAAGCCAAACCUGCCUUUGCAGACAUGUGCCAGCAAAGAAAUAUGGGGAGUUGCAAUGGUCUCGGGGGAAGCUGGUAUGUGGGGAAGAAGCGUGGGCUGGUGCAGUCGUAGGGGCUGCCUUGCUGGAGCUCCUCAUGGGUCAGGCAUGGCCCACCAGUGCAGAUGCUGUGGUGUGAGCUUCCGGGGUACCUGAGACUGCCCUGUAAGCAGCUGUGGCCAGACUGGGUCCCUGGGAGAGACCAGCAGUUCAAGGAGUGCGCACUUGGACCAGCUGCUUCUGAUUUGCAAGACCAUCCUGCAGAAAUUAGGCCCAACAGUUCCCCUAGGGCUAAAGUCUCUUAUGGGAGAAAGUUGAGCCUGGAGAAAUGGCCGUCGCUGGCCACACUUGACUACAGAUGCUCUUGCACCAAAUCCUCUGGGUACCACAUGAGCUGGCUUGCUGCCCCAUCUCUUUGCUUGUCUUCUGGGGGCUGCAUCUUAGAGAGAUGUAGGUCAGCAAUCACCCAGUGCAGCCAGUCCUGGAUGGAAGAUCUGUACUUUUGGCCAAGUUAGGGGUUCACUGUCUGGUGAGGAGCAGUGGGUAGUUUGUGGGACCCAUGGAGGAUGGACUGGCCUCCUCUCCUUGGGUAAACUGCAGGUUGUUUGAGGUGUGAAUAAGGCACUUAGGAUUUUGGAUUUUUCAUGAGUCUGAGGGUGGCAAGGACAGUUGUACUGCAGAGGCCCCUGGAGGCUCUGUCCAGGGAGUUGCUAAGUUGCUACUGGCUCAAUAGCUCUGGCAAUGAUUGGCUAGUGGCCCAGGCCUGGAGAACCUGCCUCAUGAGAAUAUAUGAGAACAGGCACUCACGUAACAGUCUGACGACUUCUGAAGGGCUGCUGUAGUAUGCUGGGUGUCCACUGCAGUUUCUAGUCUCCUUGGAUGUUCCAGUACCGGAAGUUAUCACCACUGAAUGCUGCAAAACAGCAACAAUGGCAGCAUGCCCUUUUCUCUGGGAGCUGCAUCCCAGGGAGGUACAGACUUGUUUCCAACCCAAAAGCAUCUGUAGGAAGUAGCUGGAAAGCCCCUGUUGAAGGUCUUACCCAGUGAGGAAAACAUGAUUGGGGACCCCCUCAAGAAAGCAGUCUAACCGUAUUUUUGUAGGACAACUGUGCUGUUCAGAGGUACCACUUCCACCCCCAGUUUAUUUGGAUUCUCCAAAGCCAAAAGGCUGGAAGAGCUAACACACAAACAGCAAAAAUGGCAGCUCACUCUUCCUUCUAGGAACUAUAUCCCAAAGAGGUUUCAAAACUCCAUCAACCAAAGAGCGCUGGUGGUGGUAGCUGGAGACCCUCAUUGGGAAGUACUUUCCAGUGAGAAGGAAUGAAAUUGGGGACCUGCUUUAACAGGCAGUCUGGCCUUGUCUUUUUAGAGCACCUGUACUGUGCUAGGAGAUCCUUUCUGCCCCCAGUCAGCUUGGGCGCUUCAAAACCUGAAGGCUGAAAUGGCUAAGUUGCCCAAGCAGCAAAGAUGGUGGCCCACUCCUCUUUCUGGUAGCUCCAUCCCAGGGAGGUGCAGUGCUGCUACCAAUGGUUGGCUGGAAUCUAAGCCAGUAGGUCUUUCUGUGUGAGGCAUUGUAGAAGUGGGUCCUACAGACCAUCACUACUCAGCGCCCUGGAUUCUGCCACUUUCCUGUGAGUAUGUACAGGAGUGUAACCUGCUUUGCUCAAGUUGCAGCUGCUUUUUCUGGAAGCCUGGAAAGCUAGGAUCUAAAGCUCUUGAAUUUGCACAGGCCUGAGUAGCUGCUCUGCUAAGACUCCAUGUAGCUCUGUGUGUUAAACUGAAGGCCUUGGUGAAGUGGGUCCAUGAGGGUAUCUCCUCACCUGAAGGUUGCGAAGAUCUGUGGGAGAAUUGUGCGUUCCCAGGAUCACACAUGCACUCACUGCUUUACUGGGUGGGGAGGUUCCCUUGGCUCCAUGUUGUUCCCAGGUGGCCCACUGUCCUGCCUUUCUUUACUCCAUUCUCUAUAAGUUGUUUCUUUGAUUAUUCCCAAUGCAAGUACCUGGAUGUUUCAGUUGCAGGUGCUGUAUUUGUAUACACCUUGCAUUCCUCUCUAUGAGAACUACACAGUCUAGCUGCUUCUAGUCAGCAGUCUCGAUCACUUUUCUCUAAAAGGAACCUACUUUUUUAUAUUAAAAGGAUUCAAUAUUUUUUCAAAAGCAAAUAUUGAUGUAAUUUAAUUCUUACAUUUGAUGCUAUGUCUUCAUUUCUAGAAUUUAUGUGAAAACAUGGUCAAUGAUUGCUGCACCAGAGUUAUGAGAGGUUGUUCUCUGUUAGAUGGACAGAUUUAUAUACUUUCCCAUGGAAGAUUAAGUAAACUGAAAUCUAAGAUACAUGAAGAAAUCCUAAGUGGAAAGGCCACUUAGUAGUUUACAGCGGUGUCAUAAGUGACAGGAUGAUAGGAGUGUGGUAAGUGAUCAGGGUAAUAAUCUGCUUAGUAAGAGAAACAAUUUGAAUUUUAGAAGGAAAUUGCUUUACCAUUUGCAAAUUAAGGUUAUUAAAAUACAGUGAAUUUCAAAAUACCUUUUUAAUGACAACGUGUGAACUUAAUUUGUUUUAAUAAACCAAAAUUGUUGUUACUGUGUUAAGGCUAUUUUACACUGAAUAUGUAUCUUGCCACUGAUGAUAAUUUAUCCCAUCUUAACCCAAGGUUACAGGUAACAAUAUACUGUUGGGUAACAGUGGAAUAACAUCUCUGGUGAUCCCUUUGUCAGUGGUCUUUAACUUGAAAUAAUUUAGAGCAUAUGGUUUCUACAACUUACAUUUUUGUUUUGUUGUAACUACAGGUUAUUAUGAGGGUUGUAACAAAGAUUAUGAGUAUAGUGGAGCUAUAUGUUUCUGAAUUCUGAACAACAAAUUUACAAAAUUUUAUCCUACUUUUUUCUGUUGAACAUAUGACUUCUCUGGUCUGCUGAACACAUACAGACCUUUAAUUUUGUUUUACACGGAUUUAAAUGUACAAAUAUAUCACUAUGAAAUAAACUUUAGGUGUAACAGAUUUAUAGAGAAAGUAAUCAUAUUUGUUUAUGGUUAUGUACCUACUUUGAGAAGAAAAGAAAAAUAUUAGAGUGAAAUAGAUAAUUUUACAAGUGUUGAUCAGUUACCAGCAAACCAGAAACUUCAAAGAUUUUGAAAUUUGAAAGCAAAUCUAUUUUCUCUGCUGUGUAUUAAAUUCAUUUAUCUAAAA